AUGCUCUGGGGAGAACAGCCGAAAGAGCGUCCAGUUGGCUAUGGAUGCUCCGUAGCAAACAUGAAUGGCAGCCAAGGUAGACGGGAUUACUUCGGCGAGAAUAUAUGUAUUAAGAUAGCUGUGAAGAAAGCACCAGAUGCUGAACGCGAAGCCAGUGCAUUCAAAAGGGAAAAGUUCGAGUUCUUCCUAAAAGAAGAUGAAGGAAACAAAGUGGAAAUAUCUCUGAUGAAAGGCAACGUAAAGCAAGGCGAAAUUAUCUCAACUGAGAUUAUAUCGAUACCAAGUUUAAAGCAAUUGGUGAAAGAUGAAAAAGUUGAUAGACAUAUAGACAUUGAUGAGGAUGUCGUAAUUAAAGUAGUAAUGUCGGCAAAAGUCGACCGUUUAGGAACAAAAUUGUUACUCGGACAUCGUCUUUGUGAUGAAGAAAAGAAGUAUAUUGACACAAGGCUAAAAAGUUGUUUAAGAACGAUGGCGGGCUUACUAAAGGACAAUCCCCCAGCUGCAGAGAUUUAUGUUCCAAGAAUAGCAGUUAUGGGAUCUGGUGGCGGAUUUCGUGCUAUGACAGCAUUUUCUGGAGUCAUGUCCGCCCUGGUACGCUCUGAAAUAGCAGAUAUGGUUAUGUAUAACGUAGGUCUCUCUGGGUCGGCUUGGUACCUUUCAACUUUGUAUUCCCAUCCUGAUUGGCCGCAAAAGAAGUCAGCUCUAGACCUUCGUUCAGAAUUACGUAAAGGCAUUGUGUCAAGUUCUUGGCGGAUACUUUUAAAUCCUAAGCAUUGGUUAUCGGUGGCUUCUGACUAUUCAAAAAGUCAGGGAUUUUCCUUAACUAAUGUGUACGGACGUAUCAUCAGUGAAAAAUUUCUUCAAAAGCGAAAAUAUUCAACAAUGACAAACCAACAAGAAAAGGUGAAGGAAGGAUCAGUUCCCUUGCCAUUAUAUGCAGCUCUGAAUGUGAAAAGGGAAACUUCAGCAAAGGUGUUUCAUGAGUGGAUUGAGUUUAGCCCCUUUGCGAUAGGCAUGCCAAAGUAUGGGACCUUCUUGCAACCAAAGUUGUUCGGAAGUGAAUUCUUUUCAGGCCGCGUACUAAAAGAAUUUGACGAAUUUCCAUUGCAUUUUCUUCUAGAAUCAGAAGUAGAAAAAUCCCUCGAAUCGAAUACAGAUGUACCAGAAGCGGAGACAGCCGUAAGAGGUGAUAAGUCAAAAACAAAAAUUGAAAUGAUAAUGGAACAGCCUUUUGUAGACAAGAUCUCUAAUGAUAUUCAUGGAAGGGCGGCUGUUGUAAAUAACUUCAUGCGUGGUCUUCAACUGCAGGAAUACCGACCAUCUACAAAAAUUACUGAUGGACUAUUUAAGGAGUUGCAUGAAAUUAACCCCACAGAUGCGGAGAAGAUGUAUCUAGUGGACGCUGGCCUUGCAUUCAACUCUCCAUUUCCUCUUAUACUACGACCAGAACGUGAGGUUGAUCUCAUCCUGUCAUUUGAUUUCAGUGAAAGAGAAAGUGACAAAGCAGACCCAUUUACA